GGGACGCCUGCUCGUCACGGGCGUCCAGCGCGAAAGGUAGACCGAUAAAGGAGGCCUUCUGGACCUCCCGCACUGCCGCAGCUGGAUCACGAGGUCAGAAAGGCAUUUAUGCGGCCAUAAAUGGCUGCAGAGCAGAGCAGUGGCAGCAAUGCUUCUCCUGCCGAAAGAGCACCGGCCAAAGCUGCGCUAUCGAUCUUGGGUGCAAUAACCGCAGCCCUAUUUGCUGUCGCCGUAGCGGUCUCGCAACAACGGCACGAUAAUACGCCACGCCUCGACUUGCGCUACUGCGAGGGCGGGCUGCGGCCGCGACCCGCGUUUGCGCUAGCGCAGCCGCGCCGGUUUGCGCCAGUGCCACCCGCGGACGGCGCGGCGCCGGGCUGCGGCGCGCUACCGCCGGUGCGAGGUGCCUAUCCCACCACUCGUAAGCUCGAGGACAUCGUCGCAAGCUGGCCCAUCAACGACACGCGCAUUCACGCUCCAGUCGGCGGCCUCUGCCGCUUCGACUGGUCGAAAUCCGAGGACCGCGUGAAGGCCCUCGCGUAUCGACGGGCCGAGGUGCCCUUCCAGGCGUUCAACGUUCCCUCGCUGGACGCCGCCGUCGACCGGUGGAGCAGCGACGACUACGUAGGGAAUAUGUGGCACGGCGCCGCGACCGCGGAAGUUUCAACCUAUCCACGCGGCGACUUCGCGCACGGGCCCAAUCACUUCAUGUUCCACCACGCGGGGAGCUCCGCCCACGCACCGACGACCUCACGGAGCACGACGCUCCGGCAGUGGCUGGCGCGAGACGCCGCGGCGACGCCCGAGUACCUCUCGUUCGAGGUGCCGUACGCCCACGGCGGCGUCGACCGGCGCGGCGGCGGUGCUCGCGGCGAGAGCGUGUUGCACAAAGAGCUGCCGCUGUUCGAUGCCGCAGUUCAAUCGGAUGAGAGCCGCUUUUUCGCGCCGGGCGAAGAGGACUUCGCGGACGCGCGCUGGCCCCGCGGCAUCGUCUGCAAAGGCGGCGACGAAGGUGUAAUUGGCGCGGAAGCGCACUGGGACGCGUCCCGCAACUUCAUCGCACAAGUUCGGGGCGCGCGGCGGUUCAUACUGGCGGACCCGGAAGAAGCCUGCGCCAUGCAAUUGUUGCCGCGGGGGCACGCUUCGCACCGCCAUUCUUCCGUAGAUUGGUCGCAGCCUGCUACACAGUGGCCCGCGGAGCUCCGAUCGGUCCGGGCGUACGACGUCGUGCAGCGUCCGGGUGAUGUGCUCUAUCUACCGCAGUACCACAUGCACUACAUCAUCAGCCUCGAUCGAAACCUGCAGUGCAACAGCGUGCGCGGUCGGGACCUGCGCGAAACGCCAAAAACGAGGGAGUGCUUACAACUCGGGCCAAAUUUCGAGUGCUCGCGGCCACCGACGGCGUUCGAAGUGCCGGUAGCGCUACUCGACGCCGAUCGAGGACUAGUACGCGCCUGCGUCGUUGAGUUUGGCCCUCGGGAAGCGGAGCCCGCGGCCUAUCCCAUGUUUUCGGACUUGCCGCGUCCGCGGGGCGUGAGCUGCCGCGUCGUGGCGCUGGACGAACUAGUCGCAGAUGCGCGGUGGCGGCUCGGCGGGCAGGGCGGGAGACCGGCGCUUGAGCCGUCGGGAUUUGUUUUCCACCUCUCUCGCUCGGGCUCAACGCUCAUCGCGAACUCGUUACAAACAGCACCGAAGGCGCUCGUGUUGUCGGAGCCGGAGAUCCUGGCCGAGGUUCUCGCUCGCGCGCCCUCGCUGCUGAGGGACGUCUUCGAGGUUUUUGGGUCCUCCAACUACCACACGCACAUGGUGGUUAAAUGGCAAAGUGCCAUGGUGGUCCACGCGCAGAGACUGGCGGAGAUAUUCCCCGCGACGCCGUUAAUCGUCGCCUACCGAGACCCGGCGGAUAUCCUCGCGGCGCACCUUUUCGAAGACAAACCGCCGUGCGCGGCGCCUUAUCGGCCCGGAGACAAACUCGGCGAAGCCUCAGCGACGCUUCCGGGGGGCAACGGUGAAGACGUGGGCCGGCGCUGCGUCGCGCGCCUCGCGGCAACGAUGGACGCGGCAUUGGCGCUCGAAGACGCGACGUUCGUCGACUAUGGCGAGCUUCCGGAUGCCAUUGACGACAUCGCGGCGAGAUUCGGCCUCCCGACCGUAAACGUGUCGCGCGUCGCCGGCGUCGACGCGAAAGCAGGAGGCGCCUACAAGAGUCUUGCCGCGACGAAGCGCGCCGCGCUCCCCGAGGAUCUUUGGGCCUGGGCGGCGCCCCACCUCUCGCCGCGCUACGCCGCGCUGCGCCGUCGGUGAGGCGAAGGAAACUGUUCAUAGUAGUGUAC